UGAAUCUUGUAUGUGAAUGAUAAGUUUGUACGGCUACACGAAAAUAUAAACUCCACAGAUUCUUGAAGCUCAACACCUGGUUCCCUAUAUGUUAAUGUUCUUCUUGUAUCCUAGAGAGAGAGAGAGAGAGAGAGAGAGAGAGAGAUGAGGCAGCAGCUAUCGUUGAUCAACACAACGUCGUCGCCGGACACCACAACCAUCGUCAGCCGCCACAGAUAUUUAUCUCUUUUCGCCUCCAAUGACCGUGACUUUCUUCUCUCUCCCACCGGAGCUCAGAUAAAAAUUUCCGACCUUCACGACAAAAUCGUUGGCAUUUACUUUUCAGCAAACUGGUAUCCACAAUGCCAAAGUUUUACCAAACUAUUGAUUCAAGUAUACGAACAAAUCAAAGCGAAAAAAGGGUCAGCAUUUGAGAUCAUAUUUGUUUCAUCUGAUGAAGACUUGAAUGCAUUCAACAACUACUAUCAAUCAAACAUGCCAUGGCUUGCGAUUCCGUUCUCUGAUUUGGAAACUAAAAAGGCAUUGAACAACAGAUUUGACGUUGAGGGGAUUCCAUGCUUGAUCAUCUUGCAACCCGAUGAUGCAGGUAUUGUGCACGAUGGAGUUGAGUUGAUUUAUCGUUAUGGCGUUGAAGCAUAUCCUUUUACAAAAGAGAGGUUGGAUGAGUUGUUGAAGCAAGAAAAGGAGAAGCAUGAACGACAAACUCUGUCAAAUUUGCUUAUGAAUCAUGAUAGAGAUUUUCUUUUGGCUCAUUCGGCAUCCAAAAAGGUAUUAAUAUCUUCCUUGAUGGGCAAAACCAUCGGGCUAUAUUUUUCAGCACAAUGGUGUCUCCCAAGUCUCAAAUUCACUCCCAAGUUGAUAUCCAUUUACCAAAAGAUAAAAGCAAAACUAACUGAACAAGAAGACUUUGAAAUCAUCUACGUGCCAACUGAUCACACUCAACUAGAGUUUGAAUCUUCUUUCAGCGUAAUGCCAUGGCUAGCACUCCCAUUUGGGGACCCGAUCAAUAAGGACCUGACCAAGUACUUUGAUAUCACGGGUAUUCCAAGUUUAAUCAUUUUGGGUCCAGAUGGAAAAACUGUAACGAAGAAUGGGAGAUCUCUGAUUAACUUGUACGAAGAGGAAGCUUAUCCUUUUACAGAGGCGAGGGUGAAGCUAUUGGAGAAGCAAAUGGAUGAGGAUGCAAAGAAUCUUCCGAGCAUGGAGAUACAUUCAGGCCAUCGCCAUGAACUCACGUUGGUGUCUCAAGAAAAUGGUGGGGGGCCGUUCAUAUGUUGUGAUUGUGACGAGCAAGGUUCGGGCUGGGCCUACCAGUGCAUCGAUUGUGGGUAUGAAGUGCACACCAAGUGUGUUAGGCCGGUGGUUCAGAUGUCUAGUGCAUGAAAAUCCACCAGAAAACUGUUUACUACUAUUUGUUUACCAAAAGGUGAGUUAUGGGUUGAUGUUAGAUUUUGGAGUACACCAAACCCCGCCUCUUUCUUUCUUUAUUGGAUUAUUACUUUUUUUCAUCAUUCAGCACAGUCAAUCAGAUGUACAAUCAAACAGCAUGGUUUCUUUCCCAAUCAGAAAACUUUUCCAAACAGCACUUUACCAGACAGCACUUUCCCAGACAGAAACUAUCAAACGGGACCUAAUCGGGCUUUGUUGGGCCGGUCUCGAUCUGGGCUUUGUGGUCAUCUACUUAGAUCUGUUUCUAGUUGUAGGGAAAGGAAUUAGAGACCAAACAAAGAAACGUGCCUUGUUCUAUGUUCUAUGUCACAGAAAUUUUGGAAUCUUUCCAUACCCUAACGAUUACAUCUUAUUUUUCUUUAAAUAACUUAUAAUUAUAUAAUGCCU